AUGCAAGGCGGUGACGAAUUGAGCAUAGAAGAGUUGGCUUCCAAUCUUUCCCUCUACAAAGAUCAACUCCACCAGGUCAGACAGCUCCUAAACGAUGACCCUUCAAAUUCUGAAUACGCUGACAUGGAGAGGGAACUUUCCGAGGUCAUUGCUUUGACGGAGGAACUCCUUGCAACUGCAAAGCAAAAUGAAAUCUCUGAUUCAACGGAUGUUCCUCAUGCUGGUGCAUCUCCAAGUUUGUCAAUACAUAAGGAGAAUCAAAUGCUGGAUAGCAGUUCUGAUCUUCAAGAGAAAUUUCUGAUUGGCACCAAAGUUCAGGCAGUUUGGAGUGAAGAUGGGGAGUGGUAUGAUGCUACAGUUGAGGCUUAUACACCAAAUGGUUACUAUGUAUCCUAUGACAGUUGGGGUAAUAAAGAAGAGGUUGAUCCUGCCAAUAUAAGGCCAAUUCAAGAAGGUUCUGUUGAUGCUUUGUUAGAAGCCGAGCGAGUUGCUGAAGCUACAAAACAGGCUAUCAAAAGAAAAAUUGCACAAGCUGCAUCUAUCGAUUUACAGUCUCGCAGUCUACCUGCAAAGCUUCGUAUAGAGGCUGAUGACCCUGAGGAUGUGAAAGCUUCCAAACGCAAGAAAAUACAUGCCUUUAAGUCCAAGAUGCGGAUGGAGCAACUUGAAGUCACACAAAAUAAGCGGCAAAAUGCUUGGCAGCAAUUUCAGUCAACCAAAGGAAAGGCAAAAAAGAUUGGUUUCUUCUCUGGAAGAAAACGGGAGAGUAUUUUCAAAUCUCCUGAUGAUCCUCACGGAAAGGUUGGUGUGACGGGAAGUGGGAAAGGUUUGACAGAGUUCCAGAAGAGAGAAAAACAUUUUCAUCUCAAAGAUGGUGCAGCUGAAAAUGAUGAAUAG